AUGACCCGAUCUGGUACCCCGACCACCACGUCGAGGUCACAUGCCAUACGUUGUCUUGUAGAUGACACCGCCUUGACCAGAAACUUUGCAGAGAUUGACAGUUGGGUCUCUGAGGGCAGGAUUAUCCUGGUGGUGCCUCUCUACACAAUCGAACGCCUACACCUGCUGAAGAAAGACUCGUCGCAGAUUGGCGCCAAUGCGCGCAAAGCUGUCAAGGCCCUCGACCGCUAUACCUCUUCUCGCGGCGACCUACAACACGAUCCGGUGAUUUUGCAGGGCCCCGAUGAACAAUACCUUACUUGGGCAGACGUGGAGGCGCGCUACAUCAAUGAGAACCUGAAGACUGCCGGGACCAACGAGGAGGAGACAUCACUGUCUGCAAUGGACAAGAAACAGGAGAAGGAUGCUGAACUUCCUUUGAAGGGGAACACAGGCGCGGGAGGCACACUCUCGCAAAUGUUGUUGGAUAGACUCAACUUCACCAAAGACCCCGCGGCAAUGUCGCCCACGUCGACGCCACCCUUGUCUCCCGCUUCGUCUGAACCGCAGAGCUCCAAGACGAGUCCCGAGGUCAAGUCCGCCGUCAUGAUCGCCCACGAUCAGACUCCCGUGCCACCGUCCCUGAAGCCUCUGCUUAAUUCGGUGGUAUGGUAUGUUCACGAGAAGAAGCUGCCAUCCGAUGAAAGUGUCAUCUUCUUGACCAAUUCGGCCGAUACAAUGCAUUUGGCGCGGGACUUUGAUGUUCCGACCAAAAACAUCCACCAAUUGAGAAGUGCCCUCGGACUGGAAGAAACGAACACCCAAGCACAGGAAGAUCCGAAGCGAGAGCUGUUGAAAAGAGAUUCCGUCUCGGAGCCAAAGACACUGUUCAGUUACGAGGAUGGAGAAAGUGACGAAGAAGAGGUGGUUUUCAAACCACGAGGUCGAGGUGCGCCACGCGGAGCACAGUCUUCUCGGGGAUCUGGCACUGGUUCUUUGCGUGGUAAAGCGGCACGCGGCCGUUCGCCGAGGAUGUCCUUCAGCAGUACCUCCGCCCAACCAGCACAAGUCAAGCCUCAGAUUCCGGUCGAGGAGAUCGACCCCGACUCGUUCGACCGUGGCAGCUUUGGUCGAGGCAGCACUCCUCUCGUCAACACCAGCAAUUACGGCCCUAGCCAAUUCAACGGUGGUCGUGGUUCGGGACAUCGUGGCAACCAGAGUCAGGGCGGGGGACGAGGCGCCAACCAUGCACGCGGUUCUGGUCGUGGCGGCGAACGUGGAUCGACCCGCGGAAAAGGUCGAUUGUUCAUUCCAUAA